UGGAAUUCUGAGAAUAGUUGGGCGGCUGCUUAAAAAUGAGUUCAUCUCAUCUUAGAUAACUGUAAUUAUGUUUUAGAGUUUGGGAUUAAAAUAAUUUUGAUAACCAACAAGUGCCAUUUGGUUACACCUUGAUUAAUCUUGAAAUAUCAUGAUAUUUGGUGCAACCAAACGCACCUGCUAUCUAAUUUGAUGCAAUCAAACUCACUCUAAACUGGUAUCUCUAAUACAUAAUUACCAUUAACUAAAAUGAGAUGAACUCGUUUUCAAGUGGCACUCAAACAGGCCCUUAUAUAAUGUGAGUCCAAUGGAAAAUACACUAACAAGAAGAAAAAAAAAAAAAAAAACCAGUCUACCAAAAGAUAGCGUCUUGAAUGGUGAAGGGAUCCGAACCUCUUCGCAGACAAAUACGGAUUUUGCAUCAUCUGUAGUUAAACCAUUGGGAGCUCAUUUCUUUGAUAUUCAAGUUACUUGAAAUCAGCAGUAGAGUCGAUUAUUUUAAACAGAUGAAAUGUUAGCUAUGUCAGUUCCCUUUGUUUCUUUCCAUAUCAUACCUCCUGACGGGGUUUUCACUGUUUUACCAAACUAAGAUCUAGAAUCAUUGCCAUCCAUGUUGCAGCGAUACUAUUCAGUGAUGCAUGAUUUAGACAAAAGUUUACAAGCUGUUCAGCGACAAAAUGAACAACGAUGCGAACAAGAAAUAGAGGAUAUUAGGAGGGGUAUUCAGUCUGGUAACAUCACACCAAACACUUCGCUUAUAAGAUUUUCAGAUGAGGCCCUCGAUGAGCAAAAGCACUGCAUUAGGAUUGCUGAUGAGAAAGUUACAUUGGCUGUCCGUGCCUACGAUAUGGUUGAUGCUCACAUUCAACAACUUGAUGAUUAUAUGAGAAGAUUUGACGAUGAGCUACGAAGAGAAAAGGAUCUGACAGGUGCUUCUGGGACGGCCGCUUUGAACCUUGAUGGUAAUACCAAAUCUGGAAGGGCUAGUGAAAGUAGUAAAGGGGGACGCAAAAAAACACGCUUGGCAGUUGCCACAGCAGCAGCAGCAGCAGCAGAUCCAUCAAGCAUGGAUUUGGAUUUGCCAGUCGAUCCAAACGAACCCACCUACUGUUUCUGCAACCAAGUCAGCUUUGGGGAGAUGGUCGCUUGUGAUAACCCAGAUUGCAAGAUAGAGUGGUUCCACUUUGGCUGCGUUGGUUUGAAAGAACAACCCAGAGGAAAAUGGUAUUGCUCAAACUGCACUGGAAUGCAGAAGCGUCGGAAAGCCAAAUGACUGGUCUUGGAUCUCUCUUUUUCAACCCAAGUUACUGGUUCGAGAUUACAUCUUCGGACUCAACUUUGGAUUUCGACUACUGAAAUCUAGCAUUGGUUGCGGGCUUUACCAUGGCAGAUGGAAGGAACUGAAUCUGACCAUGAAACCGGAUCGUAGAGGAACUGUUGCCAUGGUACCAAAGAAUUGCUGUAUCCGAAUAAUGCUGAAGUUUUCACUGGCUGUAUCUGAUCUUCAUGAGCAUGAAUUGAUCCUCUUGCCGUGGGAUGGUAGAUGAAGGAUCCCUUUCCAUGGAAUUGUAAUUUUUAUAAAGAACGAAUUACCAUUCUUAAUUAUUUUGCUAUCCCUUUGAUUGGAGUUUCUAGCAUAUCUAUCUGGUAAAAAUGUAACAUAAAAGACCCAGAACGAGAUUGAUUAGAUGGUCCUGAUCUCUAGCUGGUGGACAUUUGUUUGUUAGAUUUGUACCCUAGAUUAUUCUAUUUUAAUUGUCCAUUAGAUUUCAACAAAUGGGCGGUGGACCUUGUUGGGUUAUGACCGGUUUAUGGCAAGACCAAUGUUGUUUUAAUUUUAUAUGCAUACGUGUAUGGGACUUGUACCA